UUAAAUUCCGACAGUUGCAGUUGCCCUCACGACCACGUCAAAUGACGCGCUUGUACCUUAUUUAACAAUAGGCAGGCAUAUCCCACACUUCUUUAUAUGCUUUCCCACAAGCCCACAGUUUCUAUAGAACUUCUUAAAAGCCUGUGUGCGCAGAUUUGAUUCAAAGAAUUCAAUAUUUGUUUGCAUCGGAGCAAUUCCUGCAAUGGAAGCUGCCAAGAAAGUUCCAGCCGCUGAAGUUUCAGAAAAGCAGCGAGGGAAGUCAUUUUACAGGCGCUUAAAAGCUUUGUCUCCAAUUCCAUACCUUGCGAAAGCGAGGGAUUAUUAUGUGAGAAGCUUGACAGAGUGCGCAGGAAGGGCAAAUUAUAGCGGCUUGGCUGCAGGAGGUCCAGGAGUUGCGAUGCCUGCUUCUCUGCCAAAGAGUUUCAGCACAAGUUCUUCAAGAAAUGAAGAGGAAUUCAGGGAGCUUGUCAGGGCUGCUUCGCAGAGGAGCAAUCCAUACCUUUCCAGAUCUUCUUCUGCACAGCAGCAACAGGAUCCUUUUCCGCGGAGUUUCAGUUCUGCAAGUACGCCGCCUUCUGUAGGAAGAAUAGACGAGGACAGCCCCGCCUAUUUUCCAGGAUCUUUCAAAACAAGCAUUCCUGAAGCCGAUCCUCGGUUUCCUCGCAGUCACAGCUACAGCACUGCUCAGAAUUUUCAUGUUCGGAGAGGAAUCGCUGUGUAAAAACCUCUGCUUUGCUUUCCCUCUGUUUUUUCCCUUUCCUUUAAGAAACUCUUGCAAUUAUUUUCUCCUGUAUUUUAAUUUCGGUUUUGGAUGUAACUGCUACGCCUUAUUGAUGAUUAAUGAAAUCGGAAAGCUUGUGUUGGCUGCAA